AUGCCUCCCUCAUCAGCUCCCCGAGAUGCGGAUGUGGUUCUCCACCUGCAUGCGGAGUUACUCCCCAAUAUUCGCCAAGUCACCCUAUACGUGACGCUCCCUCGGCUUCCCGCGUUAGAAGGGGUGCAACCGCAGAUCCAGCUCUCAGAGUCAUGCAAGUCGGUCACAGUAUCACUCCCGGAGCCUUGGAAUCAUGUAUCAGAGACGCUCAAGUUACCUGCCCGCGUCGCCAGCGCGACGCGGCAAAAUACCAAUCUGAGAAUGUCAACCCCGUCUACUCCAGCACAGCCGGCAGAUUCGGGACUAGAAUACUCGCUCAGGAUGAUGAUCCAUCCCAGCGACGUGGCCACCGCGACUCCAGAUGUGGUGUCUGAUGAGUACGUCCCUUGGACCGCGGCAGAUAUGACGCCUCUCACGCGUAUGCGGUGUCGGGGCUGUGGAACGCCUUUCAUGAAAGAUGGAGGCUCUGAGGAGUCUGUCAACGGGGAACUCCCUUCAGUCAGAUCGGAAUGGCUCUGGAAAGACCUUCCAAGUGGGAACUGGGCCGAAAUGAUGGACUUUUGGCACUGUCACAAGCCUGAUCCCCAUGAACACGAUCCGAAGUCCGAGGCCGACGCUGCCCUCAAACUUGAGGGUGAGACUGCUCAAAUGAAAGGGUUUGGAGCCGCCAGUCGAGUGGAAGCAAUCCCCGGUACCGUGCUGAUUGACGUAGCCUCAUUUCUACUGUCCGAAGCGGAUUGCACCAACUUGAAUAGGGCAUGUAUUGAAGGAAGUGAGACAGGCAAUGCAACAUCGCCCUUGGAAAGAAGCUUGCAGUGCACCAAGUGCGAGGGGAUCGUUGGCAUGGACGACCCAUCGGCAAGAGGCUGGCGACUACUCAAAGCCCACCUAUCACUUAGUCACGAUCCGACAAGUCCCAGUGUAGAUGAAGCAACAUGGGACAGCCCUCCGGUCCAACUGAUUGUCGCAGCACAACUGCUCGAGCUGAUCGAAAGAGAAAGUGCAAGACGAUUUGUGGUUCAUCGUGGGCAAAAACAGGGGUUGCUGCUUUGGGUCUUCAACCCCGACUUGCGGUACUCCAAUUCUGGCUCAGACUAUAAUGUCAGCGCCCAACAAGCCAUGAAAGUGCUGUAUCAGACGAUACAAGACGUGGAUGUGCUACUCACUCCGGAAAUUGGCAACCCGUCACCCUUGUCUGUGGAAGAACUCGAGUUGCCAGCGAUGAUCUAUGGAGCUUUGGAACAAGCCCUCCGUGAAAGCAGCGAGAUAUUACCCUCCACCGCACGCCAGUUCAACAAGUGGAAAGUUGGCCUACUGCAUCGUUUCAGCAGAAUUCAGGUCUAA